CCGCCUACCAAAGGUACGUCGAUCCGUACGGUCUCGCAGUUUCACACCUACCUACUAUACUACCGGUAUACUCCGUACACCGCACACUCAUUUCAGCCCGCGCUCCCGUUCCGCGACGCGGCUGUCAGUCUCCUAUUCUGGCUCAAUCUCCAUCUUCCCCAUCCAUGUGUGAUGUGCCGUAUGGUGUGCCUUGUAGCCUACACUGACCAAGCUCUGUAGCGAGAACCUUACCCGCUGCCCUUUUCCAAACUUCAGGUUGCCUAUGCAAAACCUAGGCUCAGCAGCCGUCGUCGGCCUGUCUCCCUCUCCCUAGCGCUAUCCAUACGCAUGAUCAAGGUCAACGCAUCCUGGAGCGCUUGCAGGCGGUCGAUUCGAUGCGUACCUACCGCAGCCAACCCCCACACCAUUCCUUCCUACGCUUAACUGUACGAGAUACAAGACACAAGAAAGACGGUACUCGUUGUGCACCUAGGCAUGCUUUCAGUAGCAAAGGGCAUUGCGCAGGUUUUGACCUUGCUCGAAAUCAUGGCCAAGACCAUGUCCAAGCCUUGGAAUUUGCCGUCUGGAGGGAGUGCCACGCAUCCGGAGGUGCAGGAGCAGGUCGUGCAGCAUCCAGCUCGGCAUGUCGUCGUGUUCUGGAGACUGGCUGUGCCGUACCGCGGACAGCAUGUCUUGGGAGUGCGUGCGGAUGUCGUGUCAGCCAGUCAGAUGGCUUGCCAUGCCCUUCACCGGCCACACGCCCCCCUUUCGCCGCCACAGCUAUUUGAUUCCCAUCCGCUGGGAAUCUCGACCGUAAAAAUCCCAAAGGUUGAGCAGGGAACAAGGGCUCUCGAAGACCAUGGUUGGGGCCCUGCUCGCUGGCUGCCACGCUCUCGUGGCUCUCCGAGUCUCUGCUUUCUCAACUGCGGCGGUCGACGGUCCGCUACUGCUAGCAACGCGGCUUUGCUCGCUGGCCAGGCCUGCACAUCCACGACCGCCACUCUUACUAUUAACCAGCCCUUUGUGUGCAGGAAAAUAUUGCACAGCAAUUAUGGCUGCGGACGGAGUAUGGAGUACUCACGUCCUCGAAGAGACUGGGAUCAGGCCCGAAUGCGAUUCUACCCUCGGCACCAAGGGGCCAUCCGGCACCACCCAUCUUGUUCCCUUCUCUCAAAGCAUUUGAUGUGGCGUCGUGAGAGGGGAGGGGCGGUCUCAACUACCAUUCCUCCAUUGAGAACUGGAAAUCCAAAUACCAGUGAAAUCCACACCGACCGCUGCAACGCGGAACAAGUCAUCGUCGCCCCAUCCGAUUCCAUACACAACACAGCAUCCUGGACUUUUGCUCGGUGAGUACAGAAGACGUACCUAGUCGACGACUCGGUGC